AUGUUUCUAGUGAGUUUGGGGCCUGCGGGAGGCUUCUGGCUCCUCGAGUGAACACAUAAGCGGCGCUGGCGCCCCUUGGGUUAACACUUGGUGGCUGGAGCAACCCUGGGCCCCAAAAAAUGUGAUUAAUUUGAAAUAAUCUAAUCACCCACAAAUCGACUAAUCAAAAAAAAAAAUGAAAGCCCGUUUUUUCUAUGAACUUCUUUCUGACAAAUGACAAAAAAUUGAUAAUUUGAACUCGAAACUGUUGCGAAAUUAAUCAGACUAGCACUUCCAAGAUUUACAAGUCCACGAGUGGUUCAGUCAACUCACUGAUUCUCGGUUGUUUCAGAGAAGUUAAAGGAUGAAUCGGAAAUAUAUCACGAGGGUAUAUUUGAAAAGUGAAUCAGGGUUAGAUAAUAAUAUGUUCAUCGUCAUACCCCGAUUAUACCACUCAAGUGUGUUCCAGGAUUUCCUGAGAUCUUUUUAGUUUAAAAAUCACCAAAAUAAGGUUUUUUUUUCGAUCCUUAAAAUAAAGUAAACACUUUCAGGUCAAAAUGAUCACGGGUAGAAUGUCGAGAAAGUCUCCGGAUAGCCCUCCUACUACUACAAAUGAGGAGACAGAAGAAUAUGGUAAAUUGUUUUUCCAAAAAAAAAAAAACAGUGAAAACUGCAACAAAGGGGAAAAUUUUCCGCGAUUGUCCUGAAAUUUAAAAAAACAAAAAAAUGUAAAAAAAUUUAUGAAAAACAACCGAGAAUUAUAUACAGGCCGUGCUUUAGUGACUUUCGCGAAAAACAAAAAAAAUUAAAAAAGCAAAGAAAAAUGAGCACCGGAGUCCGGCGCAAAUUUUGCGCAAAGAUGUCCUUCCCAACCGUCGCGCGUAGGAUCCGUUGCUUGCGUACCCGGCGCAACAAUCGACGACCCUUUUUGGUACUCGCAAUCAGGACCCUCUCACUAAGAAUAACUGACGAGAUAAACGCGAGCUCGGUGGCGGUACAUUGACUAACUCGCAAAAAUGUCGCUUUUUUCUAGGCGCGAUCCCGCAUUUCUCUCUGCGCGACCUCGCAUUUUUCUCGGCGCGACCUCGCAUUUAUCUUGCAUUUCGGAAAUUUUCAAAUUGCGAGAGAAAUGCGAGCUCGCGCCUAGAAAAAUGCGAGCUCGCGCCCAGAAAAAUGCGAGACCGGCGCGAGAAAAAAAGCGAGAUGUUUGCGAGCUCGUCAAUGUACCGCCAGUGUCUCGCGUUUAUCUCGGCAGUUAUUCUUAGUGCUUUUAUUUUUACCUUCCAUUUCGCACUACCAUCCUAAGAAUAACUGCCGAGAUAAACGCGAGAUCGGUGGCGGUACAUUGAAAAACUCGCAAACAUGCUGCAUUUUUCUCGGCGCUACCUUGCAUUUCGAAAAUUUUCAUAUUGCGAGAGAAAUGCGAGUUCGCGUAUAUAAAAUGCGAGCUCGCGCCAGAAAAAUGCGAGAAAAAAGCAAGAUGUUUGCGAGUACCGCCAGCGUCUCGCGUUUAUCUCGGCAGUCAUUCUUAGUGGACUCGUAUUUGCACGGCGGGUCAACCCCACCAACAGAAGGUUUUUUGUACACUUCCACCAAUAUUCUUCUGACGUGAACCAAAAUCCCAAAGCCAACGUUAUAUCGCGGAAAAGGCUGGCGCUUUGCGGUCUCUAAAGAAAGUUUAUUUAGUCAAUGUUCACGAGGAGCUCGGGUCUAUCAGAAAGAAGGCUGGACUAGAAGAAUUGGAAAUCCCGUUCCAGGCGCGCAAGCUGCCUUUUUGCCAUGGGUUUGACAAAUAAUUUCCGAAAAAGUCUAAAAUUGAUCAAAUUCAGGUAUCUGCCGGCUUUGGAAGCAAACCAUCUGCUCAUUCGCUCGGGAGAUUUUCUCAUUCGUUUUCUCGAGGGUAAUUCGGGAGAAACUUUUGGGAUAAAGUUUCGAAAAAGGACAUUUUUCAGAUAAUAACAAGGUUCGAGUUGUCGUGAGCGUGGGUCUUACGUCUACGCAGUCGUACAAGUACAGAGAAUUGGAGGAAGAAGGAAGAGAGCAAGAAGAAAAAUGGAAAGCCGAAAGGGCGAGGGAAGGUGAGGAAACCUGGAUUUUAUAAGAAGAUUUUUAAUUUGGAGGAAAAAUUGUUUUCUUUUGUGUAAAUCUAUAGUUACAGGGAUGAAAGUCCGCAUUCUAAAUGAGCAAAAUAACAUUUUCUUUGCUUCCUCAAUCAUGUUAUAAAAAAGCGAUUCCAAAUGCGACUUAAUUUCGUUUGAAAGCACGGCAUUCAAAAUAGAUCAGAUCAGUUUCGUAUAAGUUGAUGAAACCAAACUUGAUCAAAAUUCCAAAAGCGGCUUAAAUUUGAUAAGAAUUCUCGGAAAAAAGCCCCUUAAGGAAUGGCCGCUAUCGUUCUCAAAGAGCCAGGAGAAAGUCAAAGAAAAAGCCAUUCCAAAUGCGGCCGAAAAUGGGUUUGACUCGAAGAUACUUGCUGCAGACUGUAUGCCGUCGGAAUUUCGAAAAUUUUUAAGAUGAAUAGAAAUAUUCGAGUCCAUAAGCCUGAACUUUGAGCUUUUGUGGUCGCAUUCGUAAUAUCUCAAGAAACAAAAAAAAAAUUUUUUUCAGGAGGUGAACCCUUUCGCGAGACCAUAGCUGUGAACGUCCGGCAUAUGAUGGUGGAAGAAGAAGACAAACUCGGUUGUACUAUCGACGAAGAGACUUUCUUCCCAUGUUUGUACAGUCUCCUAGCCUACUAUAUGUUUGUGAAACGUGAGGUUGGUCAUUUGAAAUUUUCUUUUUUUUCGUUUGCAAAAAUGCUUUGAAGUAUCCUCGAAAAGUUUAUACAAAGCGCCAAAAAAUUGGCCAUGUAACAUGAAGCUAGAGUACUGAGAAAAACAGCCGCCGCAUUCGGAUCUUUUGCGCUCCAAGACUGAAAUUUCGACGGCUGAGAUUUCUUUGUUCCAUUUUCAUCAAUGGAUUCUAUAAAAUCAGCCGCAGAUUUUCAGUUUACCGGAAAAACAGUCGUCAAAAUGACCAAGCUCUCUACAGAGAAUAAUUUGAGUUUCACGUGCUUCGAAAUUCAAAUAUAUCCUCACGAAUUGUGAAAAUUAGGCGCAGAGCGUAAAUAUUCGAAUUUUCACGGCCAUCCUUUCCAAAACGAUAUUUUUCAGGGGCCACAAGAUUUUAAUCUUCGGAACCCGAUAAAUCGCCAGUACGGCUCCUUCCGUUUAACCGAGAUCAACAUUGUGAGAAUCGUGAGGAAUUUUUCUUAGAGAAAUAUAACAAAAAAAAAUGUUUCGGUUCAAAAGAACGGCAAAUUCUCAAUAUUUUCGAAGCACCAACACUUUUUUUGUCCAAGAAGAGAUCAACGUUUUUGCAGCUUAACAAUGGUGCGUACGGCCAAGUCGCCUUGGCAGACAUUACCCAUCCAGCUUUUGAACAAGACAAGGCGGCCGUUAAAACGGUAGGUCUUUAGAAAUAUAAUUUUUUUUAUGGAUGUAGAAAAGGUCGACAAGGUAAGAAAGAAGGGUAAACUUUUAGGGCGGAAAGCGGAGAAAAAACGACCUAAAUUAGUAGGGCUCUGAGCUGAAAUUUGAAAAAAAGUGAUAAUUUAUGAGCUCAAAAAAUUUUCAAGGCAUUGGAAUGAAAAUAAGGACUAACUUGCCACCUUGUAGAGCAUUUUUUGGUGAGUUGAAUGGUAUAAAAGUUUCGGAAGAAAUUCAAAGUGGGGAGCUCUUUUUGAUCUUUACCAACGUCGGCAAUGCACUUCUAGUGACCAUUUUUGCGGCGUUAGAGCUCUUAAGUGCUUACUACAAAUACUCAGUUUUUCGAGUUACUGAGGCCCGAGUUGUGUCAAAAAUGCAGUUUGCAAUAAAAAUUGGGUGGUAUGAAAAAAAAGGCCAGCGAAAAUUCGAACGGCAACUUUUCCGAUUUUUUCCUAUUGCUAGAAAGCAUUCCGACGACCACCUUUCCGUCAAAAUUUUUUCCGACUUUUCCCGAUGAAAUUUCAAAUCCUCAUAUAGUGUAGGCAAGCUAUUCAUCAUUGAAAUUCGAAGAAAUAGAAAGAAAACAUUUAAUAGAUGUUUUGAAACCGGAAAAUAUAAGGGAAACAAGUCGGAAAGUCCCCUAGCGAUACCAAAAAAUCAGAAAAGUCGCCGUUCGAAAAUUCGCUGGUUUUUUUUUCGUACCACCAAAAAUUGCUCUGUAAACAAUAAGCGACGCAAUUUUUUGUUCUUUUUUCAGGUCAAACAAGAUCUCCCUGAAUGGCGCGAACUGGAAGAAAAGCUCAUAAAAGAAGGAAGAGUUUCGACCCCUCUUGAUAACGACAAUGUUCUCCGAACGUUAGGGUUUUGCUACGACACCAAACCCGUCCAGCUUCUCUUCGAAUAUUGUCCCGGUGAGGUUCCCGAACGACAUUCUCGCCAAUCUCUAUGGAAAGACUGUGAGAAGGAUCAGUCAACUUUGAAAGAACUUUUGAGAGAUUCCGAAAAAUCAUUUAAAACGACGUAAUACACGUUGAUUGGGAAACAAGAUGCCCAUUUUUGAUACCCGUUUGCCUAACAGUCGAAAACCUGAGUUUCGGCCUUUCUUCUUUGGUAGAAGUCAGAGGUGGAGAAAUGGCGCCCCUAAGCGUUUUCAAACGUUUACAUUUCUAAACCGACGUAGGCCGCCAUGGCCAUUUCUUAAUAAGUCGCUGCCCAGGGCGCCCGGGGCCAAAACCGCGAUGGCAAAAAAACGCCAUUGGAAGAAAAAGAACGCGCAAAAAUUGGAAUCUUCUAAAAUCUUGUAAGAUCGUUCUUUUCGAAGCUUUAAAACAAGGUUUUUUGAAUUUCCAAUUUGGUAUCGACGAAAAUUUAUUCUCUCACUAUUGGCGGGUUCGUCACCAUUAAUCUGGAACAUUUCGCCAAAAGAAAAGGACAAAUAUAACCGUACUCCACAUAAAAAAAUUCAACUGGACAUCAUAUCCACUGAAAAAUUAAAAACAAUAUUGAAAAAAUUGCGAAAUCCACGAUUUAAUGAAAAAUUAACAAAAAUGACCAUUUUCGCCCUACUUUUGCAACGUGGUAAUAUACGCCAUCGACACAUAAUGACGCGGCUCAUUUCUUCUCAGAGGCCUGAUGGCUGAGGCGGGCAUGUUGCGCCCUGGAGGGCCCCUCAUUUCUUCCACCUCUGGUAGAAGUCUUGUUCUUUUGAGCUUAUAGUCCAUUUUUCGGGACUUGAAAGGGCGGAAAAUCUACAUUUUUACCGUAAGUGUCGUGCGCAUGCACUGUGACGCACUCUCACAUGUGUUCAAAAUCAUUUUCGUGAAAUUUAAAAUCAUCUCCGACUUUUCGAAAUUCAGUCAUAUUCUUAACUUUUUGUCGGCAAUUUCGAAUUUAGCGGAAUUAAGUGAAAAAGCGUUUUUUUUAUGAGAAGUAUAUUCGUCUCAUGACCCAUUCAACAUGCGCCUUUAAUAUUCCCUGUUUACGCGUUUCCCAUGACGUCACAUUAGAACGGUCGAGUUUUUGGCCACGCCCUUCCACUAAUAAAAAACGCCGUUGCCGGUAAGGGGGAACAGAGACACUCAAAUAUUCGAAAACUGUCGAGUCGCGACGAAUGUACUAUACAGACCAAGUUUUGACCAAGUUCAGACCAAUGUCAUUUUUUGAAGGUGGCGCUCUGAGCAAGUUCCUAGUCGCCAAGUCUGAGAAGAUGUCGAACCUCGCUUUGGCGAGGCUCUGCUUGGAUGCCGCGAGGGGACUAGACUACAUCCACGAGGUUGGAUUCCUACACAGAGAUGUCUCCGCGCGCAACUGUCUGUUGGACGAAAACGGAACGGUAUUUCCAUGGAACCUGCAAUGAAUUGACCAACGUCUUCAGGUGAAAAUUGCCGGAUUUGGCUUGUCGAUUAAAACCUGCUACUACGAGGUGUGGCACCCGGAAAAACUUCCUAUCCGCUACCUGGCACCGGAAUGCUUCAACGACUUCCAAUUCAUAGCCGAGACCGACGUUUACGCCUUCGGGGUUUUCUUUUUAUUCGUAUCUGACCAGGAAGGUUGGAAACUUUCUGGAAAGCCCGAAAGUCUCAAAAACUGCAAAACUUUCGUGAAACUGACUCAAAUUGAGUUUUCCUCGACCUUGUUUCUCAAAAACUAGACGGUUGUGCAACUUUCAGUGUUAUUCACUUCUGGCCAAUUUCAGGAAGUUUCCAACCGCAAACGGAAAUUCUUUAGAAGACAUUUUUCUGUGGCUAAAUUGAAAACCUUUUACAGCAUAUCUUAUGCGAAGUUUUUAAUCAAGGCCAAUUGCCCUAUGCCGGCAUGAGUGGAGAACAGGCCCGCACAGAAGUUCGUUUUUCCUAUUUAUCACAAAAAAGCCGUUUUUUGCAGAUUCUCGCCGGAAAGGCCCCAAGCAUGCAUGGCAGAGCACCCGAAGCCCUUCGUCUCUACGUAGGAGGUCGGCUUCUCGCCUACCACACGGUCUACAGGCCACCCAUGCAUCAGGUAGAGUUUUUUCGACGCGAAAUAGGUUUGAAACUGAAAAAUGCCUUAAGCUUUUGAAAUAAGGUCACUGACACGGAAAGUCAUUUUACUUUGUAGUUUUCUACAAAUUUGCUAAAACAUUCUCUGAUUGUCCAGAUCCCUCAUACUACCUGCACAAACUCCGAGUUUCUGAGAUAUUAUUUUUUGAAGUUUAACACAGAAUUGCACCCCACGAAGAGGUCAUUUUAAUUUGUCACUUGGAAUUUCCUACAAGAAUCUCUAAAUAGUUAUAUGAAGAUCCAAAAUUUUUCAACCCGCGCCAGAAUCUAGUUUUCGAGAUAAUUGAUGGGUCGAAAAGUUAGGCCUAAAGCCCAUUUUUCGCAACUUUGAAAAAUCAUAUCUUGGAAGUUUGCGCAAGUAAAUAAUAAGGGAUCUUCAUCUAGACCUUCAAAGAGUGUUUGAGCAAAUUGUAGGAAUUUCAAACCGAAAAGAAAAAUGACCUCCUUCUUGAGCUACCCUUUUGAAAAUUAAAAUGCUCUACAGGAAAGUUGAGGAUUCCCAGUUUUUCGAUCUUUAAUUUUCCAUUUCCGAAAAAUGUCCAUGACUGAAUAUUGCCCCCGAUUUUUUCGACACUUGAAAAAAUCAAAUUUAUUACAUGAUAAAAAGUAAGUUUUCAAAAAAAAAAAUGAUAAUAAAACUUUGAAAAAAGAAACUUUAGGUGGUCCAUUUUCUCGAGACGCUCAUCAGCUGCUUGGAAAAGGUUACAAGUUCAAAUAUUUUUUAAAUGGUUUUGUAUCUCAGCAUGAACCGGAGGAGGAGGGGAAAGAUGAGUUUCCGAUGGAGGCUGACAACGACGAGGCGAUGCAGCCGAACCAAGCCACCGAGGUGGACUUUUGUUUUAAUCAAAGCCCAAAGGUCACACUGGAAAUGGCUCCAAGCGCACCGAAUCCUUCAAACGAACGCCCGACCGGAAACGGCUUGCGCGUGCAGAUUUCAAGGAGCAUUGAGCCAUUCCCAGUGCAACCACCCUGUUUCUAGUAGUGGAAAACUUGAUAUUAGCUUAGUAUGAAAAUAGGGUAGGAAGAAAUGUGUCGAAAAUUAGAAAAAGAUGAAAAAUCAACUUGAGCCAACAUUUUUUACAGGACGUUUAUGAGUUGCUCGACCCGGGCAACAGAUUUGACAUCUAUUAA